CCUGGAGAGCCGGAGCGAGCGCUCUCGGGAGACACUCGGGCCAGCGGCGGUCGAUUAGUCAGGCCUCAGAAAGAUGGCGUCCUCGGAGCAGGCAGAGCAGCCGAGCCAGCCAAGCUCUUCUCCGGGAAGUGAAAAUGUGGUGCCCCGAGAGCCACUGAUUGCCACAGCAGUGAAGUUUCUACAGAAUUCUCGGGUCCGGCAGAGCCCACUUGCAACCAGGAGAGCAUUUCUUAAGAAGAAAGGACUGACAGAUGACGAGAUUGACCUGGCUUUCCAGCAGUCAGGCACUGCCGCAGAUGAGCCUCCAUCCUUGGGCCUGGCUACGCCAGUGGCUCCUAUCCAGCCCCCUCACAUCAUCCCGCAGCCAUACAGCCCCGGAGGUUCCCGAUGGCGAGAUUACGGUGCCUUAGCCAUCAUCAUGGCGGGAAUCGCAUUUGGCUUUCACCAGCUCUACAAGAAGUACCUGCUGCCCCUCAUCCUGGGAGGCCGAGAGGACAGGAAGCAGCUGGAGAGGAUGGCGGCGAGUCUAUCCGAACUGAGUGGCAGCGUGGCCCAGACAGUGACUCAGGUACAGACAACGCUGGCCUCUGUCCAAGAGCUACUGAGACAGCAGCAGCAGAAGGUCCAGGAGCUGGCCCAUGAGCUGGCCGCUGCCAAGGCCACCACAUCAACCAACUGGAUCCUGGAGUCCCAGAACAUCAAUGAGCUCAAGUCAGAAAUCAACUCCUUGAAAGGGCUUCUUCUGAAUCGGAGGCAGUUCCCUCCCUCCCCAUCAGCCCCGAAGAUCCCCUCCUGGCAGAUCCCAGUGAAGUCUCCAUCACCCUCCAGCCCCGCAGCCGUGAACCACCACAGCAGCAGUGAUAUCUCCCCUGUCAGCAACGAAUCCACGUCAUCCUCUCCUGGGAAGGAGAGCCACAGCCCUGAGGGCUCCACAGCCACAUACCACCUGCUGGGCCCCCAGGAAGAGGGUGAGGGGGUGGUAGAUGUCAAAGGCCAGGUGAGGAUGGAGGUGCAGGGUGAGGAGGAGAAGAGGGAGGACAAGGAGGACGAGGAGGAUGAGGACGAUGACGUGAGCCAUGUGGAUGAGGAGGAUGUCCUUGGGGUACAGAGGGAGGACCGGCGGGGCGGGGAUGGGCAGAUCAAUGAGCAAGUAGAGAAGCUGCGGCGGCCAGAGGGUGCCAGCAAUGAGAGUGAGCGAGACUAGGGCUGGCACUUGCUUGCCCGCCUUUCCAGCGACCCAGGACAUCAGUGGCAGGUGGGCAUGAGUUGUGGCUCUGCCUCCAUGAGGGUGGCCAGCAACCCAAGCAGGGAUGGGGCUGUCCUCAGAUGCAGCAGUGUGGGGUUGCAUUUCUGUUCACCAGCCUCCCAGACACCUCCCCCCUGCCUCAACCCUAGCCUCAGCCCUGGCGGCUCUGGCUCUUCACAGCCAGGUGGAGGACUCAGGAGCCUUGUGCUCAAGCCCCUGCUGAACCCCUCCCGGACAGCUGUCUUGUCCAGGUGUGUCCUCUGAGUAUCUUGACUACCUAACACCAUGCAUGGCAUCUCCUGCCUCCUGUCACCUUCAUGCAGGGAGAACUAUGCCCCCCUUGGUCUUGCUGUCUCCCACUGUGCCCUGGCCUGGUCUGUGGCUUCUUGUUUGCCUGUUCCAAAAGCCAGAGCCCUGGACCUGCUCUUCAUUUGUGGGCCUACCAGGACCCAGCCUCCCCACAGCCAGGUCCUGGCAGACAGAUGCUGCCCUUGGGCACCUGUCCCCAGCCCACCUGCCCUGUUGUCCUGUAUACCACACAAGAGCAUCCUCGCUUGCUGUGUUAUGGUUUGGCUACUCGGUGGUGAGGCGUGCUUCUCCCUCCUGCAGUGGAGCCAGGCAGCAGGGCCUUCCUGACCAACAGCCACGUCUGUUCUUCCCACCGAGAAACACAUGUUCAUUUAUGUGAUCAUGUAUAGAUUUCAGAAUAUAAGAUAUGACUGUACAUAAUUGUAAUAAAUAUGAGUUGCCAUAUUUAA